GUGCAGAUGGCCUGAUGGGCAUCUACCUCUUCAUCAUCGGAGCCUUCGACCUCAAGUACUCGGGCGAAUACAACAAGCACGCGCAGGGCUGGAUGGGCAGCCUUCAGUGCCAGCUGGUGGGCAUGACCCUGGAGAAAUACUUCUCCAUUGUUUUCCCGUUCAGCCACCACAGAGCUGGCAAGAAGCAGACCAUCUCGGUGCUAGCGGCCAUCUGGCUUCUGGGCUUCUCCCUCAGCAUCAUCCCCCUGUGGUGUAAGGAGUCCUUUGGGAACUACUACGGGAGGAACGGGGUGUGCUUCCCGCUGCAGUCCGACCUGGGCGAGCGGCCCAGUGCCCGGGGCUACUCCGCCACCAUCUACCUGGGCUUGAAUCUUGCAGCCUUCAUCAUCAUUGUCUUUGCUUACUCCGGCAUGUUCUACUCCAUCCACAUCACUGCGUCCAAAACAGCAGAGAGAGGCGUCUGCUCCCAGGAAGUCGCCAUCGCAAAGCGGUUCUUCUUCAUCGUCUUCACUGAUGCUCUCUGCUGGAUACCCAUCUUCCUCCUCAAGCUGCUCUCCCUGCUGCAGGCGGAAAUACCAGGCACCGUCACCUCCUGGGUGGUCAUCUUCAUCCUGCCCAUCAAUAGCGCCCUGAAUCCCAUCCUCUACACCAUCACCACCGCCUCCUUCCAGGAGAAGGUGAAGGGCUGUUUGCAGACCAAGCAGCUGGAGCUGCACGAGUCCCGCAAGAGCUUGACACUGCCGGCCAGCAGCGCUUGA